AUUAAAGCAUAAAAACCCCUUAUAGAAUAAAGCAAUUUAGUAAUAGUUGUGAGAUCAUGUUGAUCAGAACGAUAUUUUUUGUUGCUACUGCUCUAGCAUGCACAGAAAGUUACAAAAUUUUGGGAAUUUUUCCCAUGGCUGGGAUAAGCCAUUACAUUUUAGCUUCAAAAUUAAUGAAGGGGUUGAGUGAAGCUGGACACGAUAUAACUAUGGUAAGCCCUUUUGCUUUAAAGGACUUACCGAAGAAAGGAACUUUCACUGAUGUGGUACUCGAUGGAAUGUUUGAGACUUUUCAACAAUCCCUAAUAGACAUGAAUCUUUUUCACUACGGUUCAUUAGGACCAAUUGACCAGGAGAAAAUUUUAAGGCAAAUUGGUAUAGCAAUGGCCAACGAUACCCUCCAUCAUCCAAAAAUGGUAAAGUUUGCAGCUUCGAAUCAGAAAUUCGACGCUGUAAUAAUGGAACAAUUUACCAACGACGCCCUCAAAGUUUACGGAUACAUUUUCGAUUGUCCUGUUAUUUUAUUGCAAAGCAUGGGUGUAAGUUCCUGGAUAAAUAACAUUGUUGGCAAUGCGGAGCCUGUUUCGUACGCUCCCCAAGUAUUAGGAGUAAAUGAUAUUUCCAAGGAUUUGUCCUUCUCCAACAGAGCGGAAAACCUCUAUUUGCACAUACUUAACAGUGUGAUGACAAAGUUUAGACUUUUACCAGAACAUGAUAAAAUUAUACGUUCUAUGUAUCCUGAAGCCCCUUCAAUGGAGGAUUUAUACCACAAUGUAUCACUAGUUCUAGUAAACUCACAUACAAGUAUCCAUCCACCGUUGCCGCUUGUACCAAACGUAAUCGAAAUCGGAGGGUAUUUUGUGGAUCCGCCAAAAAAAUUGCCAGAAGACUUACAAGAAUAUUUGGACAAUGCUCCGGAUGGCGUUAUAUAUUUUAGUAUGGGGUCAAAUAUAAGAAGCAAGGAUAUUACUCCAGAAAAAAAGCAAGCUAUAUUGAAUGUUUUUGGGAGAUUAAAGGAGAAGGUUAUUUGGAAAUUUGAAGAAAAUUUGCCUGGAAAACCGUCGAAUGUUAUGAUUAGGAGUUGGUGUCCACAGCAAGACAUUUUAGCUCAUCCAAACGUGAAACUGUUCAUUUCUCACAGUGGUCUAUUAAGUAUCACAGAAGCAAUUUACCAUGGUGUACCAAUAUUAUGCAUACCAGUUUUUGGUGACCAACCAGCCAAUGCCCAACGAGCCGUAAUGAAUGGCUACGCAUUGAGAAUGGAUUAUCUCGAUCCAGAUUUCAACGAGGAAAAAUUAGGUUAUUUAGUAAAUGAACUUCUAACCAAUCCAACAUACAGAGACACUGCAAAGGAAAAAUCCAGAAUAUACCACGAUAGACCAAUGAAACCGAUGGAAAGCGUAGUUUAUUGGGUUGAGUACGUGAUAAGACAUAAAGGGGCGCCACAUUUGAGGGUAGCUGGAGCCCUGCUGCCUUGGUACAAGUAUUAUAUGGUUGAUGUAUUAGGAACAUUUGUAGCUAGUUUUUUGUUGGUUUUGUACAUUUUAAUACGAUUAAUUAAAAACGUGUUAAGUAGAACAAAAAAAGUUAAAACGAAAACAACAAAAAAAGAUAAAAAGCAUUAAGAUAAUAUAAUUAUUUAUAAUUAUAAUAAUAUUUAUUAAAAAAAUUUAA